AUGGCCACUGGCGCCACCUCGAACGGCGUCAAGACCCCCACCAUGAACAAUGCCGGCUCCACGCCAAUCGAAGAAGCGCUCGAGACUAUUCGCCAGGGAGGCUUCGUAGUCGUCAUGGACAACGAAGACCGUGAGAACGAGGGUGACCUGAUUGCAGCUGCAGAGUUCGCUACGGAGGAACGUCUGGCUUUCAUGCUGCGUCACACGACGGGCAUCGUGUGUGUGCCGGCACUUCCUCCUCGCCUGGACGAGCUGCAGCUUCCCUUGAUGGUGGAGAACAACACGGAAGCGCACAAGUGCAAGUUUGCCGUUACGGUGGAUCUGAAGGAGGGCAACUCGACGGGUGUAUCUGCUGCUGAUCGGUCGCGAACGAUUCGUGCUUUGGCUGACCCAAAGGUCGGAGCUGCGGCGUUCAACCGGCCUGGCGGCGUCAUGGUGCGUGCUGGACACACAGAGGCGGCGAUCGACCUGGCAAGACUGGCGGGGGCCAAGCCUGUGGGCUACCUGUGCGAAAUGAUGGGGGACGACGGCCGAAUGCUGCGUCGCCCGCAGCUCCAGGAGUUCUCCAAGAAGCACGAGCUCCCGCUGGUUACCAUCUCAGACCUCAUUCGAUACCGGUCACGUACGGAUACGCUGGUGCAGCGAACCGAAGCCAAGGCGACCACGGUGCCAACUCCUUUCGGCGAUUUCGUGUCGGUGGAGUACAAGUCGCUCGUACAGAAGGACCAAACGUACCAUGCCCUCAUUUUCGGCAACGUCAGCGCCCAGAAGAAUGCUCCUGUAUUCCUUGUCGAGGACGGCUUCGACGCUGAGUUGCAAGCGCAGUGGGCACAGAAGCACGUGGCCAGUCACGGCAGUGGCGUACUGAUCUACAUCCACGGCGCGUCUCAACUGCUCCAGAUCAGCGGCGAGUUGAUGGCGCGCCAGAGUAUCUUCGGCAUGGCGAUGCAGAUCGUGCGCGACCUGAAGGUUGAGUCGGUGCGUCUGCUUACGACGGCGGAGUUGGGUCUCGACCCGAAUGGAUUCGGCAUUGAGAUCGCCGGCAGCGAGCGUCUAGCGAUGUCGGCGUAG